GCAGGCUCUCUGCAGCUCUCCCUCGAGGAGUAUUAUCGGCAGCGGCCUCCGUGACAGCCGCCUUGAGAACUACAUCAGCUUGGGUCCUGCUGUGGAGCUGGCGGCUCUGGACGGUUUGCAGCUGCUGGCGCUGGAGGGCUGGCGAGGCCCUCCUGUGCUGGCUGCACGAAGGCUGAACUAUCAGGUGCAGGGGCUCUCACCACGGGGUUUUGGGCAAAGCGAUGCCCAAGAG